AUGAAGCUGUCCGCCUCCCUCGCUUUGGCCGCCGUGGCCUCGUCCGCUACCGCGCACACAAUCUUCACCAAUGUAAACAACAACGGUAUUGGCGAGGGUGUUCGUGUACCGUCCUACAACGGUCCCAUAACCAACGUACAGUACCCGAAAUCGCCCAUUGACUCUAAAGCAGCUGACAAUGGAGACAGGUCUAACGACGUAGUCUGCAACGGGGGUCCUAAUCCGACCCAAUCUACCGACAAGGUCAUUGAUCUUCAGGCCGGUUCGCAAGUCACGCUUCAAUGGCGAUACACCCUGCAAACCGCGGCGGGUGGUCAGGUUAUCGAUGCCAGCCACAAGGGUCCCGUCAUGGCGUACAUGAAGAAGGUGUCGAAUGCAAAGACGGACAGCGGUGUUGGCGGCGGCUGGUUCAAGAUCUACGAGGACGGCUUCGACGGCUCCAAGUGGGGUGUCGACAGACUCAUUGCCAACGGCGGCAAACAGGUCGUCACCAUCCCUCAGUGCAUUGCUCCGGGCCAGUAUCUGCUCCGCGGAGAGUUGAUCGCCUUGCACAACGCCGGGAGCACGGGUGGUGCUCAACUGUACAUGGAAUGCGCACAGGUCAAUAUCCUUGGUGGCAGUGCCUCCAAGACGCCCUCGACCGUCAGCUUCCCUGGCGCUUACUCCGCAAACGACAAGGGCAUUUUGUAUAACCUAUACAGCGGUCAGAAGACGUACACAGCCCCCGGCCCGGCCGUGUUCAAGUGCUAGUACAUGUAAAGCUUGCGGCG